GCUUUCAGAAAAAAUGUUUAAAAUUUACUCCUCGAUUCUUUUAUCAUGUUUUUUUGUAUUAAUUAUUUUAGUUUCAACAAGGACCUUUAUUGUUCCCAAUAAUAAAGUACAAUCAACAAACUGUGGAUAUGAGAACUGUGCAAAAGUCGAUCCAAAAAAACUGAAUGUUCACCUUGUACCUCACACUCAUGAUGAUGUUGGGUGGUUAAAAACAGUUGACCAAUAUUACUUUGGAAGUCGAAAUAAUAUACACAGAGCAGGUGUUCAUUAUAUCCUUAACUCGGUAAUACAAUCUUUGCAAGAAAAUCCAGAUAGGAGAUUCAUUUACGUCGAAUCGGCAUUUCUCUUUAAGUGGUGGGAAAAACAGAAUGAAAAAAUAAAGGCAACUGUUCGAUCCCUAAUUAAUGAAGGAAGACUCGAAAUAAUUGGUGGGGGAUGGAGCAUGAACGAUGAAGCAGUCACCCACUAUCAGUCUAUAAUUGAUCAAUUUUCCUGGGGUUUUAGGAGAUUGAAUGACACGUUUGGAAAAUGCGCGAGGCCGAAAAUUGGAUGGCAAAUUGAUCCCUUCGGACACUCAAGAGAACAGGCAUCAAUUUUUGGCCAAAUGGGGUUCGAUGGUCUACUUUUUGCUCGACUUGAUUAUCAAGAUAGAAUAAAACGAUUGCGUUCUAAAACGGCAGAAUUUAUCUGGAAGGGUAGUCCUAGUUUGGGUAAAAGUUCUAACUUAUUCACCUCAGUUCUCUACAACCAUUACAGUGCACCAGAUGGUUUUUGUUUUGAUAUUCGUUGUCAAGAUGAACCUUUGAUUGAUGAUCCCGAGAGUCCAGAUUACAACAUUGCUCAAAGAGUGGAACAAUUUUUGGCAUUUGUCAACAACCAAGCAAAAUUAUACAGAACGAAUAAUGUUCUACUUACAAUGGGAGACGAUUUUCAGUACCAUCUUGCUGACGCGUGGUUUACUAACUUGGAUUUACUCAUUAAAUACACAAACCAGCGAAAUGGGUCAACACAUAAUUUAAUUUACUCAACUCCAUCCUGUUAUUUGAAAGCACUAAAUGAUGAAAAUUUGUCAUGGACAACAAAAAGUGACGAUUUCUUUCCUUAUGCGAGUGAUUCUCAUUCGUAUUGGACUGGCUACUAUGCUUCUCGUCCAACGAUUAAAUUCUACGAAAGAAUGGGCAACAACUUUUUACAAGUUGUGAAGCAACUUUCAGUUUUAAAUGAUGUCCCAGAUAAUACAGAACUAGAAAAAUUCCGAGAAGCCAUGGGUAUAUUACAACAUCACGAUGCUGUUACAGGCACAGAAAAGCAACAUGUUGCGGACGAUUAUGCUAGAAUUUUGUCCAACAGCAUGCACAACGGAGAAAAAAUUAGCACCGAUGCAUUGAGAAAUUGGUUGCCAGAAGAUCAAAGUUCAAAACAGAAGGAAUCACUUAUAUUUCACUCAUGCCUACAAUUAAAUGUUAGUUCAUGCGAGCACACAGAGAUUAACAAGAAAUUUGUUUUAACCGUGUACAAUCCAACAAGUCACCCUCUUACAACCUACGUUCGACUUCCAGUCAAAGGAACAUCAUAUCAAAUUAAAAAUUAUCUAGGAACUGAACUAGUAACACAAAUCGUCCCAGUGCCAGAAGCAGUGAAAAAGAUUCCCGGUAGAAAAAGUUCUGCUUUAUAUGAGCUAGUAUUUCUGGCACGAGAAAUACCUGCUUUGGGUUAUCAAUCCUUUUAUGUAAGCGAAACGAAUUCAGAAAGCGAAUUUCAAUCUGCUGAACAAAAAUUGAAAACCUAUGACAUAUAUGUCGAUACUACUGGAAAGGUCCUUAUCCAGUCUAAACUGAUUGAAAGCAUCAAAUUGAAACAAUCCUUCCAUUACUAUGUGGGAGCUCAAGGUAAUAACGAAGAACCUUUGAAUCGUACUUCUGGUGCCUAUAUCUUUAGACCAAAUAAAACUGCUGGAAUUCAAGAUUUUAGCUUAAGAGGAAAUUUCAAAAUAAUUAGAGGCCCCUUGGUGGAUGAGCUUCAAAUGACUGUUAAUGAGUGGAUCAGCCAGGUUGUCAGAGUUUACGCUGAAGAAGACAGAAUUGAAUUUAACUGGCUAGUUGGUCCUAUUAAUAUCAAUGACAAGAUUGGAAAAGAAAUAAUAACCAAAUACACAACAGACUUGCAAUCGAAUGGAGAAUUUUCAACAGACAGCAAUGGCCGAGAAAUGUUGAAAAGGACAAUAAAUAAACGAGCCACAUGGAAUUUAGACCUCUUUGAGCCAAUUGCUGGAAAUUACUAUCCAGUAACAACGAAAAUUUCCCUUAACGAUGUAAACAGAAAAUUAAAAUUGGCGGUACUUACCGACAGAGCAGAAGGAGGCAGUAGUUUGAGGGAUGGUGAAAUUGAAUUGAUGAUUCAUCGAAGGUUGUUGAAGGAUGAUGGUAAAGGUGUAGGCGAAGCAUUAAAUGAAACUGCUUAUGGAACAGGAUUAGUAGCCAGAGGAGAACAUUCUUUGAUUAUUGGGAGCCAGUGUGAUUCAUUCGUACUUCAAGAAAAAAAUGAGGCUGUUAGAUUGUCCCUACGACCCUGGAUUUUUAUUACUCCUCUUAAAAAUACAACCUUUGAUGCUUGGAAUGAAAAUUAUAAGAUGCAGAGUUUUGGUCUGGCUAAAGCACUGCCUCCCAACAUUCAUAUCUUAACGCUAGAACCCUGGAAAGACGGAAGUAUGUUAUUUAGAAUGGAGCAUAUUUUCGAAUCUGACGAAUCAGUCAUAUUUUCUACGCCAGUUACAAUAAAUAUACAGGACUUAUUCUCAGCUUUUACCAUAACGUCAGUUCGUGAAACAACCCUGGGUGGUAAUCAGUGGUUGGAGGAUAAUGAUCGUCUCAAAUGGUUUUCCGACGAAGACUUUGUAGUAGGAAAAAAUUAUACUUUUAAGCCCAUUGUAUCUCAAAAUCAGAUGGAGGUUGUAUUGAUGCCAAUGCAAAUUCGUACCUUUAUUUUGGAUGUCUUACCACACAUCAGCAGAGGGUGUUAAAGCUUCUGCUUUCACGAAAUUAUUUUUUUUUCUCCAAAAUCUACAUUUUCGCCUUUUUAAACCUAUUUUUAGUGAAAAAAUGGAGUUUUUGAAUGCUUACACCUUAAAAUUAAUUAUUUACACAGCGAGGGAAAAUUCGACGGCAAAUACACAUUUAUCUCAUUUUUCGUUUUCACCACCACGGCCCUCUACUCAGCUGUAAGAGUGAGAUGAAAUUCUUCCAUGCUGAGUGAGGCGACGCACAGAGGGAGAACAAGCACAUUUUAUGGACAAAAAUCGACUGACAGUGCAAUUCUGAACGGAUUUUGAUUUUUUUUACAAUUGACCGUAGGGCAUCCAUAUAUACAUAAAAUGUUUUUCCUAAGAAUCCUCGCUAUCAUAUUUUUUAUAGUGACAACAAAUUUUUAAUGAAUUAAACAAUUUUUAUAAACAAAUGCGCAUUUUUAUCAUUAUUUUCAAUAAUAUGCUUGACUUUUUUGCUGAAUUAAUUCGAAACAGCUUGAAAAAGAAUCUAAGCUAGCAUAUUUUGAAUAGUGAGAGGAAAUAAUAAUUAUUUAAACGAUUUUUAUAAACAAAGACAC